GUUGUCGCGCUAGAACUGCACGACCCAACAAGAAGCCUGUGGGUGGUGGUCGGUUCGUUCAGCCUUUUUAUAGUAAAAGCAACUGAACUAACUAGCACGCUAAUUUGGAUUAGCCCUACCCAAAUCAGUUAAUUAAGCCCAGGAGAUUUGUAGAGGCCAGACUGGCUAUGUCUGAGCCCUAAGGCACAGCAGAGCAUCCCAACUGGACCACUACAAUGCAGUGAACCAAAUGGGUCGUUGUGUCUUUCUGUUCCUGCUGCUACAGACCCUGCAGACAUUGGCCGAAGAUGGCCAGUUGCUGUGUGUGUGUGAGGGCAGCGGCUGCCUCAACUCCCCCCAGUGCGAGGGCUCUCAGUGCUACUCGUCGGUGGCGGUCAGUAGCCAUGGGGCCGUAGUAACACGGGGCUGCCUGCAGGGAUCAGAGAAGACCCGUUUGAUCUGUUCUACGGCCUCCUCCCUCAGCCAUGCCUUGCUCUGCUGCUCCAGCUUCAUGUGCAACCGCAAUACUACCGCCAGCUCACUACUGCCCCUCCUCGCUACAGCUCCAGAAGAAGAGCCUGUGAGGUAUCGUGUGGAGACUCUGGCCCUGUUUGUAUUGGGUCCAGUAGUGAUCCUUACCCUCCUGUCAGUCCUAUCUGUGUUGGGCUGCAGGAGGCUGCACCACGGCAGGCUACAGCGACUACAGGAGUUUGACCCAGAACAGGAUGCGAUUGACGGACUCAUCACCUCUAAUGUUCGGGACAGCACUCUGGCUGAGCUGUUGGACCACUCCUGUACGUCAGGCAGUGGUUCAGGCCUGCCCUUCCUGGUCCAGAGAACUGUGGCCAGACAGAUCAGCCUGAUGGAGUGUGUAGGGAAGGGGCGUUAUGGAGAGGUCUGGAGGGGUCAGUGGCAGGGGGAGAACGUGGCUGUGAAAAUCUUCUCUUCCCGGGACGAGAGGUCAUGGUUCAGGGAGACUGAGAUCUACAACACAGUGCUGCUGAGACACGAGAACAUACUAGGCUUCAUGGCGUCAGAUAUGACGUCUCGUAACUCCAGCACCCAGCUCUGGCUUAUCACACAUUACCAUGACAACGGCUCGCUCUACGACUACCUCCAGAGGGUUCCCGUGGAGACGGGGGAGGGCCUAGCGAUGGCGACGUCGGUGGCGUGCGGUUUGGUGCACCUGCACACGGAGAUCUUCGGCACCGAGGGGAAGCCGGCCAUCGCUCACCGAGACCUGAAGAGCAAGAAUAUACUGGUGACCAAGGAGCUACGCUGUUGUAUAGCUGAUCUGGGCCUGGCAGUAACCCACUCCCAGUCAGACAACCAGCUGGAUGUAGGAAACAACCCCAAGGUGGGCACCAAGCGCUACAUGGCUCCUGAGGUGUUGGAUGAGUCCAUCCAGACAGACUGUUUUGAUGCCUAUAAGAGAGUGGACAUCUGGGCCUUCGGUCUGGUGCUGUGGGAGAUCGCUAGGAGAACCUACAGCAACGGUAUUGUGGAGGAGUACAAGCCUCCGUUCUAUGACCAGGUGCCUAACGACCCCAGCUUUGAGGACAUGAGGAAGGUGGUGUGUGUGGAACAACAACGACCGUUCAUCCCCAACCGCUGGUUCUCCGACCCUACCCUGUGUGCCCUGGUGAAACUGAUGAAGGAGUGUUGGUACCAGAACCCCUCGGCUCGCCUCACAGCUCUGCGCAUCAAAAAGACCCUGAACAAGAUCCAUAGCUCCCUGGAGAAAGGAAAGAAGUUGUGAGGAGAGGAAAGGAGGACGACUGCCAGAGGAGCGAUAGAAAGAAGGCAGGAGAGUAGAGAUGCCAGAUCAGAUGGACACAGCUGCUGCUACUGAACAUGAAUGUUGAUAUCCUUAUUGGCUGAAUGCUGAACUGAACUACUUGGUCACUCCGUGUGAGAGAUGGUGUUACCAUAGCCUUACCCUGCUUUAAAGGCCUGUACACGCUGCAGGGGUCAAGGCUGGGGCUCAGACCCUCUACACACACGCACUUCUGCCCAUUUGUCGUUUCAAUGUUCAGCCAAUCAUAUUAUGUUGCUCUACUCAGACAAUCAGAUGUGUAUUCCAAUGUAGCUACACACACGAACAAAGACACACACAAUCUUGAGUUCAGUUACACAGGAACAGAGCCAAUAGGAUCAAAUGAACGCUGUGGUUGUGAACUCUAUAUUAAAAUAUUUAUGUAGUGUGCUUUAUGUGUAGGGUGGGACUAUGAUGAUUUGUAAUGUUAUGAUUAGGAGUUGGUCUUGGUAAGGGAAAACUGAUUACAUUACAAGGAAACUUUAUGUACCCAUGUAAAUGCAGAUUUUUGGCUGGUAAGACAUUGUGUAUUUACAAAGGAAGUCAGGAGACAUGCCUCCACAUGCUUUGAAUUGUGAGCUGUGAAUGCAUUACAGUUAUAAAUAUUGGAACCACAUACUGAUUCAGUAUUGUAUGCUUUGUAGAAUUCCACCCAGUGCUCUUGAUUUACUUCAGACCUGCGCCAUGUUGGCAGAGUUUUCACCUUGACUGGUUUCAAAAGUGAAAAACUCUCCCAACCCAGAGUGCAGCCUUUGAGGCCCUAAGCCAGAUUUGGUUGUGGGGCCCCCCACCUUGCGACUAAACAUUUUAUUGGCCCCCCCUCUUUACGGAGGAGAGAGAAUGUUUUUUUGAAUGUGAUUUUCCUGUGUAGUAGCUGUUUGGAAUUUCAGCCUGUUUUGGUGGAAGUUUCAACCUUCCAUGGUGACAUCACCAUGUGGUAAAUGUGUUAAUAGACCAAUAAAGAGUUCCAAACCUCUCCCAAUAACACUUUUAGUUUUCCACUCAGACAGUGCUAGUAAAGUUUUUUUGCUUUAGAAAGUGCUCUUGCUAAGAAGCUAUUUUUGACCAUUUUAAUUAAACAAUCACAGGUA